CAAGAACUGGUCAUGUGACCUCCAUCCCUUAUUUCCCGAACAUCUGUUUCAGACGGAGGUGCAUAGUACCUCAGUUGAGCUCACUUGCUGGGACGGCCAGCACAAAUGCACGCAGACAGUCUAUAUGGCUACUCUUUCUUUGCUCAGGGGGAACGAAAUUUCGUUAGAAGAUGCCCUGACCGACGACGAUAAUAUCUUACACCGCCUGGACUACCCACAGAAGCAGCAAGCCUUCUGUUCAUAUUUACUUGACCACAAAGCGGACAUCGAAUCAUUGGUUUCAUUCCAUCUUGGCGUGAAUCUAUGUGAAAUUGCCGACCAGGUUGAUUGGUUAUUUGGGAGUUACAACGUGUGCAUUCCAGUCUACGUGAAUCGGCCAUCUGGCAAACGUGUCCUAUUUCGAAUCCCACUGCCUUUCAAAGUUGGAGAAGAGGCGCAUCCUGGGAAUUCAGACGAGAAGCUGCGCUGCGAAGUCGCUACAUAUAUUUGGAUUCGCGAGAAUUGUCCAACUAUUCCGAUACCUUUCCUUCAUGGGUUCGCGUUCCUCAAUGGGCAAACUUUUAUCCAUGAGCAAUCUAUGGAUGUCUGUACUCGAUGGUUCCACCGUAUGAAACGAACACUGCUAUCACUGCUUGGGUAUCCCAAGACAUGUCCAUUUAUCGGCACCAAGGGUAGCGGUGCCUUUCGCAUCGGAUAUAUGAUUAUUAGCUUUGUUGAGAGUGGCAGCAUGCUGUCUAACACGUUGUCAAAAUUCCUUCUGACGGACAAGACUCGAAGACAAGCUCUUUUCAGCGAUAUUGCAAAGAUCAUGCUCACUCUUAACCAGAAUGAAUUUUCACGUAUUGGAUCUCUGACUUUGGAUGAUGAUGGCUUGAUUCAUUUGAAAAAUCGACCCCUUACGCUGCGACUCCAAACUUUCGAAAAUGAAGGCAUCCCCACUAUACCAAGGAACUCUACGUAUCAGUGUGUGGAGCCUUACAUCUUGGAUCUGUUGCAAUGUCACGACAACCGCCUCCACUACCAGCCAAAUGCCAUUCAUGAUCUUCAGGACGGCCAGGAACAGCUUGCUGCUUUGACUAUGAUGCGAAGUCUCUUGCCUCGAUUCACUUCUCGUCAAUAUCGCGACGGUCCGUUUCUACUCACACUUACUGAUCUCCAUCCAAGUAAUAUCUUUGUGGAUGAAGAUUGGCAUAUUACGUGUUUGAUAGACUUGGAAUGGGCAUGCACUUUUCCCAUUGAGCUACAGACACCGCCGUACUGGUUGACUGGUCGACCUAUCGAUGAUAUUGAACAUGGAGAACACCUCCAAAAUUUCCAAUCUGUCAUUUCUGAAUUCAUAGAGGCUUUUGAGCAGCAGGAAAAAUCUGCCCGCACAGUUGUUACAUCUCAAGCCGAGAUCAUGGGAAAAUGCUGGGAUAGAGGGAGCUUCUGGUAUUUCCAAGCUGUCCAUAGCCCCAAGGGCCUUCUGCGAGUGUUCAACGAGCAUAUCCAGCGAAUUUUCUGUGAGGAGCACUGCACCCAGCGAAUUUUCGAUCGGACGGUGAGCCCUUAUUGGUCCGUGGACGCGGGGAAUUUCAUUCGAGCAAAGGUGGAGGAAGAUGCUGACUAUAAGGAUCGGUUGAGGACUCGGUUUGAUGAGAUUGGUCAUUGAUUCCUGCAGAAGCGUCUCGGGUUGAACAAUUCUAACCCACCCUGGUACUCCAUUUAGAGACUCGUUGAGGUCCCUUCAGGCGAGUACCUACCACUUAAUCUUUUUUGUUCAAUUUUCUUUUUCUCUGUGCCUCUGAUCCCGAAGAUAUAACCUGAUCGAUGUUUGGAUUAUUGGCGAUCCGCUCAGAGGGCAGCUCAAUGUCUUUCUUCCCUCGAGCUCUUCGAGCUUCUUCGCCAGAAGACAUGGACAUACUGAUGAGCUGAUUCUGCUCUAUUCGUUUUGAUUCAGAGGAAGCUUUGUCUUUUUGCUCAGUCAUGUUGGCUAUCUUCUCGCUCGCAAAGAUGAAAUUAUGGUAAAAUCGUUGAUGGCAUAUCAAAAGGAGGGGCUGGCAUGCACUCUUACAGACCACAAAGCGGGGGAUUGAGAUGUCACGUGACGACUGAUACAGUAUCACUGGAA